UUCCGAAAAGCGUCAGUUGCAGUUGUAAGUUGUGGGGUGUGGCUUGGGUAAUGGUUAGUCGAAGCUAGGUUUGUUUUUUGUGGCUCGUUGGGUUGAUUUGUCACAUUUGAAUCUCAACUACCCUAUUGAUCUAUAAUUGUGAGAUAUGUUUGUUCGAGGUCUCACGAUUUUCGUACUGCUGGCGCUCCUCAGUGUACCAGGGAGCACAUUGUAUUGCUACAGAUGCAACAGCAACCAUCCAGGGUGUGGUACACCUCUGAACUGGCUCUGGUAUUGGGGAGAGACAUGUCCUGAAGCUGAUGACAAAUGUGUCAAAGUCAUUGAACGAAGGGGAGCGGAGACCAUAAUCACCAGAGAAUGUCUCAGUACUUUGCGUGGCUUCAGGACGGAUAUUCCAGCAGACAAGUAUGAGGGUUGUCGUCCAGCUGCAAAGGAUGUUAGAUUGGGGCAUUAUGUUCAAAAUUCGAUAACGGAGCUCGACAUUCAUAGGGACUAUUAUGACGAAGUAACGUGGUGUUUUUGUUAUUUUGAUCAUCGUUGUAACAGUGCUGCUGGUUUGACAGUUUCUGUCAGUCUUUUGUCAUUGACUUACUCAGCUCUGAAAUGGUUACUGUAAUUAUUGAUAUGCCCAUAAUUGUUAAGGAAAGAGAUUAACUCUUAGAAUUCCCUCGGUUUAACCGAUCUCUAGGUACCAUGAGAUUUGGUACAUAGAAACGAUAUCCGUCCAAUUUUAAUGAAAUUAUCGAUAUUUCUUGUAUCGAGAAAUUGAGUUACUUUACUAUACACUUUAUACAUACCGUGUACAGUCUGAGACUAUAAGCAUUAUUAUUGAUGAUAGUACAUAUUUAUUAUUAUACACUUACGCUUAAGAUUCACUAUUUUUUAUAUGUAUACAUGAAUUACAGAGCUUUAUCAUUCCACAGCAAUAUCAGAUAGCUAAUAAUUAGGAAUUCCCAUAUAUCUACGUAGAUUUUACGAUUUAUACAACUUUCUUAACUGAGUAAUUUUAAUAUAGAUCGUGUUGAAAUUCGACGCGAUUUUUUCCAUGUACAAAAAAACAAAAUAUUGUGUAUAAAAAAACACGUAAUGGAAAUAAAAAAAGAGGGAGAUCGUUGAUCAUUCCUUUGACCUGAUAUCACAUCAAA